AUGCUCGCAUCUGAUUGGUCCAUAGAAUGUAAUGAAGCAGUGGGUAUCCAAUCAGGAGACGUCGACGAUAAAGACAUCACAGUUAGCAGCAAACGUAAAGAUUUCAACAUCCUCGAUGCAUGGUGUCCAGCAACUAUCGACAGAAAACAAUAUUUCCAAGUCAACUUGGGUUUUAAGACAAAGAUAACCAAAGUGAGCACGCAGGGAAGGCUGGGAAAUCUGGACAGACACGUCAAGUCGUAUAGAUUGUACUACAGUACGGACGGCCAUGAUUGGAAAGUUUAUCAGACUGAUGGUGGGGAUAAG